AUGUUAGAAAGUGAUGAAGAAUACACAGAACAAUUACAAAAAUUAAAUGACAAAGGUGUCUCGUUUAAUUCAUUUUGGAAUGCUAAACUUUAUUCUGAAUAUAUUUUUGUAUCCGAUAAAGAACAUACCCAAGCUAAUGCUAUUUGGACACAAGCAGUUCUUGAAACUAUUUUUGAUGAGAAAUAUCUUUCACCAAAGAUUGAUACAGAUUUCGUCGAUAUAUGGAUUCAAAAGCUAAAUGCUAAAAAUAAUGAGAAU